ACAAGUGCGCAUGACAAGACGCCUGCGCGGCUCAACGGUCAGGAGGUCAGGGUCAAGGCAGUGCGUUUGAAAGCAAACUGUCACAAGCUCACCUACACUCCCAGCAGCAACAUGUGGUGCUGUGCAGCAGGCCUUGUGUACCUGCUCACUGUAGCUUCCCUUUGCCAUGGCGGCCCCAUUGCCGGAGAAGGCGGCCACCGCACCAAGCGAGAAGCUGGACAACCGACUCUGGCUGACAGACUCAACUGCUCACAGGGGGAUCGAGUCAACACCACCCAGCGACUGGCUGACAUGAGGGCAGCGAUGAGACAACUCGACAUCGACGCCUUCAUCAUCUUGUCUGAUGACGCCCACGGGAGCGAGUACCCGUCAGAAAGAGACGAGAGACGAGGCUUUAUAUCAGGUUUCACUGGAUCCGCAGGUCAAGCAGUAGUCACUCUCCACCAGGCGGCGCUCUGGACCGACGGCCGCUACUUCCUGGAGGCUGAGGGGGCGCUGGACUGCAACUGGAUCUUCAUGCGCUCAGGCGACGCCAAUGUUCCCUCCAUUUCCCAGUGGGUCAUCAGUGAGCUUGCGAACACCAGUGGUGUUGUAGGAGCAGACCCCUUUCUUGUCAGCAACAGUCAGUGGCAAUCAUUUGAAAAGGCGUUUGUUCAAGCCAACAUCACCUUUAAACAAGUGUUUAAAAACCCAGUGGACACAGCCUGGGGUGGGUAUCAGCCAGCGCCCCCUAUGAGCAACAUAACCGCCCUACCCAUGGAAUUCGCAGGAAAAACAUGGCAAGACAAAAUUACUGAGCUUCGUCAGAGCAUGACAGCGAAGAACGCGGAUGUGUUUGUUGUGACCAGCCUGGAUGAAACAGCAUGGCUUUUCAAUCUUCGGGGCGGCGACAUCAGCUACAACCCCGUCUUCCUGUCCUACGCCAUCGUUGAAAAAACUUCAGUAAGGCUAUAUCUGUUGAACAAAAAUGAAAGGUUGACUCAGAAUGCUACCGAUCCCGUGACAAGUAUAAAACUGAAAGAGCAUCUGAACACAGGGGACACUGGUUCUUGUACGGGGAGUUCUGCAUCUUGUGUGGAGGUUGUAGACUAUAACGAAACAGCCAUAGUGGAGGAUGUAAAAGCACUCGCCACGGCGGGCAAAAAGAUUUGGGUGACCUUCGUCUGCAACUAUGCCAUCUUCAGUGCUAUUCCCGAGGCCUCACGAAUACAGGACAGGUCCAGCAUCGCGCUGGCCAAAGCCAUGAAGAAUCAAGUGGAGCGGGAGGGGAUGGAGAGAUGCUAUAUUAGAGACUCUUUGAUCCUCAUUAAAUUCCUGGCAUUCCUAGAGAAAGAGAUAAAGAAUGGGCAUUACUGGACGGAGGUGUCUGCAGCGGAACGACUGAAAGAAAUGAGGCUGCAGGGUCAGUACAACCGGGGUCUGAGCUUCGAGAGUAUCUCGGGAUCCGGACCCAACGGGGCGGUCAUCCACUACAGACCCCUGAACGCAACUAACCGUCAGAUAACGACUACUGAGAUGUACCUGCUGGACUCGGGUGGCCAGUACCUGGAUGGAACUACUGACGUCACGAGGACCAUGCACUUCGGAACACCCUCGUCACACGAGAAGGAAUGUUACACCCGAGUUCUGAUGGGAGCAAUCGACCUGGCUAACCUGGUGUGGCCACAGGGGCUCUAUGGCCGGGAGAUCGACAUGGCAGCACGCGCACCCCUGUGGCAAGUUGGUCUGGAGUACAACCACGGCACCGGCCAUGGAAUAGGCGCCUAUCUUAGUGUUCAUGAAGGUCCAGGCCGCAUAUCCCUGACCCACAGCGCCAAUCCAAGCGAGGAAACUGUGCACGAGUACAUGUUUUUUUCUGAUGAACCAGGCUAUUACGAGAACGGAAAGUUUGGAAUUCGUCUCGAGACUAUUGUUAUGGUUGAACCCACCAGCAUCAAGGCCCCUUCAAACAAGACCUUUUACCGUUUCAAGCCUAUGACCCUGGUGCCCUUUGAACCCAACCUUAUUGACACAGAGCUGCUCACCAAAAGUCAGAUCACGUGGUUGAAUAAGUACCACGAGUUGGUCUGGAACACGAUGAAAGACAACCUGACCAGCGAAGAAGAACGGAGUUGGCUCUGGUCACGCGCUCAACCCAUCGGUGAAGACACCAACUCUACAACCCCGGCUGCCACUACGGUGGGCAGCUCACCAACUGGGUCAACCCCGGCAACCACUACGGUGGGCAACUCACCAACUGGGUCAAGUCCGUUGGUCACACCCAUCACAUCGGCAACCGUUUUCUUAGUCGCUGCUGUGACUUCUUUAUAUCUUUGAUUAACCACAUUCUAAUGAUAUAGAUUCUCUGUCAUUGUCUUUUUUUAUGCCCCACGAUUGUAUGAUGUAGGUAGAUAUAAAUAUAGACAGAAAUAUAAAUAGAUAUAAAUAUAGACAGAAAUAUAGAUAGAUCGUGUAGAGGGCGAGAAGUUGAAGUGGAAAGGAGGGGAGGAGUCAGUGGAUUACAGUUUCAGUAAUCACUCAUUUAAUUGUAACAAACUGUAAGAUGUGGCUCAAUUAAAAGCAAUCCCUGGUCGAGGCUGUUGAGUAGAGGGGUUAAGAGGUGAUUGAAAGAAAAAUAUUCUUCUUACAAAAGGGCGCAAUCCAAGGAGAAUAGAAUUAUCUCUCAAUUGCCAGAGGCCUCAAGACAAACAAAAAAUUGCUGUCCAGUAUUCUUCCUUGAAAUUUCGCCUCUCGCUUUCCUCUUCUCAUCAAUGUAUUCCUUCUCAUCCGGAAUUUCAGUUACUCUAGAACGCAUCGUCUUCUAUGAAAAGACUACCAGAGACAAAAAUUAUACCAGACUAGAUAAGCAUGCAUGUAGCAUAUUAUCAAAUCCUUUUCUCGUCAAGAUAACUUUUUCUUACAAAAUAUUCGGAACUCUUGUUGCCACUGAUAAUUUGUUAUGAUGAGAAUAGAAAUAGCUUACAUUUAAAAUUUAUAGCUGUCGCUGAAAUGAGAGAAAAAAGUUUUCUUGAGGAUGUCUUGCUAUAAAUGUUUAUCUUUUACAAAUAAAUCGACAGAAAUUCAGAGCUUUUCUAGGCUCAACAAAUGGGCUGUAUGGACUAUAUGGACUAUUCACAAUGUCCAAUGCCUCCUUAAGGUAACAACUGUAGGCUUGCAAGACAUUGCCAUGAAGAGUAUAGGUCCAGAAUUCAUGGUCCUACAGAGGCCCAUGAGGUUUUGCUGUCAGAGACCCAGAAUGAAUGGUCAACUAGACACCGCCAUACAAUGUCCACACAAGCUCCUUAUUUUGAAAUUGAGCUUCACAGCAAACACAUCCGAAAUUGUUCUGUAGAAUGUUUAUAUCUGAAAAAUGGUUCUCCCAAAUCACGGAGAACCUUGGGUGUGAGUACAUUUCCCUCUCAUGAUAUAAAUGUUUCUGUUCUGAUGGACGUCAUGUGCCCUGCAGCACUAAAAAUAUCACCACACAUGAAAGUAAUUAUUGGUGUCUGAUAAGUUAAUACAUUUAACUUAAUAACUUACAAAUAAUGUAGAUUAAUGACGACACCCCAACCUGAUGGUACAGACAUAACCAGCCUGUGCUCAAGCAGAGACAUUAAGAUGAGAGGAGGGAAAUAAGGAAUUGGUUAUUCGCAAGCAAAUGCAAGGUUUUGUUUUUUUUAAAUUCUCGUGUUCUUUAACACGAACUUUUCUGCCAUGUCGUAUUACAAAUAAAUUUAUAAUCAAUAUAAUAA